AUGAUCAAGGUGGUGCUGAACGACCGGCUGGGGAAGAAGGUUCGUGUCAAGUGCAACGAGGACGACACGAUCAGCGACCUAAAGCGGCUGGUGGCGGCGCUGGUGGCGGCGCAGACGGGGACGCGCGCCGACAAGAUCCGGAUCCAAAAGUGGUACACCAUCUACAACGACCACAUCACCCUCGCCGACUACGAGAUCCACGACGGCAUGGGCCUCGAGCUCUACUACAACUAGCAGUGGUAGUGGUAGUACUAACAUAAUAGCAUGGCAGCCAUCUCCUCGAUCAGGUGUAUUAGGGAUCACCGGGUCGUCGUCCUCAUAAUUUUUUUAUGUACGCGGAUCAUGUGAUGUGGUAUAUU